CCACCCACCCCCCCCCCCCCCCCCUUUUCAGCCGGUAAGAUAUCCGUCAGUCUCCAAGUGGAAGGAAUAGCGUGCCACGCCAUUGUGACUCGCCAAUGGGCUAGUCGGCUCAGGGUGGGUUUACUCCACGCCUACUGCAUGUAUGGGCAACCCAUCGGCGCAACUUGUCGCUAUUUCUGGGGCGAUGGAUGGAUGCCGCCCGACCAUCUUCCCACUCUUCUUCUGCUUCUGUCUUUCCUUGGAGCUUCUAGCCACCUCGGUCAUUUGAUUUGGACUGGACAGCGAGGGAAUCCACUCGGCGUGUCGUCAACUCAACCGCCGAACGCCUACUCCGAACGUGCGUCUCGCUCCUCGCCCUCCAUGGAAUUAUUCCUCCGGACGGCCAUAACAAGGGAUCCAGGAUGGCAGAUGGGCCUAUUCGACGAGCUUGUAACCGCUGCCAUGCACAGAAACUUAGUUGCAAGCGCAACGGGGACGAGGCCUGUGAGAGAUGCGUCAGACUCCGGACCGAAUGCAAGUCCAGCCCUUCGCUGAGAUAUCGAAGGAAGCAGCAGCAUUCACCUGAAGAUUCGCAGGAUGCGACAAGGCCCACCAAGCGGCGGCGUACAGGGUCGAGUUCGGAGUUCGACAUGGCGAGGGGUCAGCGAGUGUUACCACACGAGUGUGCACUCGACAAUAGUCCAAUGGCUCCUCAUGCGACCGACCCCUCUGUGGAUCACAUGCUGGAGAUCGUCGGCUUUCAGUUUGCAUUUGAUGGCGAUGAUGGCAGCAGCAUCUUCACCCCGCGUCCAAAUAGCAGUGGCAUCCCCUACUCGCUCCAGAAUGGGGGCAACCUGAGCAACCCGAGAAACCUUGCGAACAUGCCCUCCCCCUGGGGCCACCACCUUCCCCCCUCGUCGAACGGUUGCACUGACUCGGUGGCGGAUAUAUCUUCCGCCCACGGCCAUGUGGUCCAGGCUAAGGAGGUUUCACCCUUUCCCGACCAAUACCUGUACCGCCGACAAUUUUCCUCGCCACAACAGAAACUUUCCGCCCCCACCCGGGAGGAGCCACCUUCGGCCCAGACUCCGCAAAGACGCCGUCGGAUCGUGCUUCGGCACUCGUCUUCGAGGGUUAUGAGUUUGCAGGGCGAAUUCCUGGCCCAGCUGUCAGAUAUCAGCUCCGACCUCUGGCACCUCGCUGCUUCAGUUCCCUCCUUCCUCGCGUCGGAAGGCGACACAGACGUCUACUACAUCCACGCGGGCCAGGAUGAUGAACGGGAGUCAAAUAAUGGCUUCCCGAUCGAGUCCAUGUUCAAGCUCUCGAGGCGUCUAGUCCAAAGCCUGGAUGAGAUACAAAUGUCAGGAGAGGACGUCGACGCUUCUCACAAGGACGGCGCGCCUCUCCAGCGGGAAUCCUCCGCACCGCUACUAGACCCCGGAACUGGCUUGCUGAUCCUGUCCGUCUACGUCAGGUUGCUCGACCUGUACCAGAAGGUGUUUCAAAAUGUCCAAACAGAGAUAUCACUGUCUGGACCCAACCAAGUCUUGCGGUUGUGCAAGCUGCCAGAUGUCUCGGUCGGGUCAUUCCAAGUGCCCCCUUCCCCGUCUCUCCAGAUGGAAUUGACCAUCCGGCUGGCCGAGGAGUUCCUCUCCAAACUCCGAACAGCGGCCUCGUCCCUCGGUUCGUGGCUCCCGACCCCAGUUUCCACGCCAGAGCCGGGCAGCACGAGCCAAUCAUCGAUGUUCUCGGGAGCGGUAGAGGUUUCACUUUGCGAGAUAAUGGCCAAGGAAAAACUCAUUGGCCUGGAGUUGGACAAGACUAGGGUGAGGCUGGCUGAAAUGUCCUCGGCUCCAUGAGAGAGAGCCAGUCACACUGAUGGGUAGGGUGGGG